CAGAAUAUGUACCCGCGAAGUGAGAGAAGGAAAACACACGUGUUGUAGAUCGUUGUAAUUCAUCGGAGAAUGACAUUUUGUGAUUGUGUUUAGAGCACUAAGAAGAAGAUGGGUGUCUAUUUGUCCUCGCCAAUUACAGACAAAAUAUCUAUCGACAAUUCGUGCAAAAAGUUCAAAUAUGGAGCGUCAUCAAUGCAGGGAUGGCGAAUGACUCAAGAGGAUGCCCACAAUUGUUUGCCAGAUUUUGAAGAAGGAAAGGAGGGAGCUUUCUUUGCUGUUUAUGAUGGCCAUGGUGGUGCUGAGGUUGCUCAGUACUGUGCCAUGCAUUUCCCCGACUUUGUGAAGACCGUAGAAGCCUACAAAGAGGGAAACGUCAAGCAGGCUCUGGAAGAUGCCUUCCUCCAGUUUGACAGCACUCUGAUUCAGGAGAGUGUUGUAAAGGAGCUGAGAGCCCUUGCUGGUGAUGAUGAUCGCAAUGCAGAGGAGGAGGAAGAUGGUGCUGUGCCAGUUGGCAAGACAGAGGCUGACCUUUUGCGCCAGGAAGCUAAUAUGCCUCUCGAUGAACUGUUGUCAAAAUAUGAAGCCGCACCACCAGGUGCAGGACCACUCAGAGAUAUCCGCAAACAGCAAGGAGAGAAAGUUCUCUCCCCUUCCAUCAGACCCAAGAAGAAAAUAUUCGGGGAUGAGACCAAGGAAGCUGAUUCCUCUGUGAGGACUGGGCAGCUGCUCGGUGACGGAGACGGUGACAGUAGAGAGAACAAUGCAAACAGUAGCGAAGACUCGAAUGUUAACAACAGUAGCAUGUCCCGCUGUCCUAUGUCUGCGAACAUAGAGGACAAGUUAAUCAAUGGACAUGCGGACAAUGAGAACAAUCUGAACAAAGAGAAAGAGAUUCAGGACAGUUUGAACCAGCAGCAGAGGGGGGAUGCUGGGGGAGGGGCACAGAGGAAUGAGGAGGCAGUGUCCUCGUCCUCCAGUAUUGAUGGAGUAGAAGAUGGUGCUCAGAGAAAGGAAGGCGGUGAUGGACAUAUUACGUCUCAGUCCACUGAUCGAGUUGUGUCCCAAUCCAGUGAUCGGACCACAAGCUCCGUGCCUGGGGAGGCUGAUGCAUGCCAGGUGAAGGCAGCAGAUAGUGGUAGUGCAUCUGCUGGGAGUUCCUCUAGUUCAGUUGGUUGUUCGAGUUCGGCAGGGAGUUCGUCAAGCUCAGCUGGUGCUGGACCAUGUUCCAGUUCAGUAGAUGAGCCCUGCACGUCUGGUAGUGGAGCAAGCAGCAGUGGCAGCAGCAAUGUGGAAGGGGAGCCUGGGCCAAGUGGCAGCGGCAGCGGUCGUAGUCCUGGUGGCAUCUUGGAGGCAGACAGUGAUGAUGACGAUGCUGAUGAGGAUGAUGAUGAAGAAUAUGAGGAAGAGAGUGAUGAUGAGGAGGAAGAGGAAGAGGAGGAAGAAGAAGAAGAUGGGGAGGAAGAGGAAGGAGGGUACAUAAAUAACCCAAGUAUGGACAUGACAAAUGAAGAGCCAGGCUCUGACAGUGGUUGCACUGCCUGCGUUGCACUGCUGCUAGGGAAGCAGUUAUAUGUCGCCAAUGCUGGAGACUCGAGAUGUGUGCUGAGUCGAAAUGGAAAGGCGGUUGAUCUGUCAUUCGAUCACAAACCAGAGGACAUACCAGAGCGAACACGUAUUGAAAAAGCUGGAGGGAAGGUGACCUCAGAUGGGAGAGUCAAUGGUGGUCUUAAUCUUUCUAGAGCUCUUGGAGAUCACUUCUACAAGCGGAACCAUGAAUUGUCCCUGAGAGAACAGAUGAUCACAUCUCUGCCUGACAUCCAUGUCACGACCGUACAGGAGGAGGACGAGUUCAUGGUGCUGGCCUGUGAUGGAAUAUGGAACUUCAUGUCGAGUCAGGAGGUUGUUGACAUGGUUAGGCAGAAGCUGAGUGAUCCAGUCAAGAGAGAAAAACCAUCCCUUGUGUGUGAAGAGUUGUUCGAUUACUGUUUGGCACCGAAUACAUUUGGAGAUGGUACUGGUUGUGAUAACAUGACCUGUAUAAUUGUGACAUUCAACAAGUCGCAAGAUGAUGCAUCCGUACAGAACAAUAAACGAUGUGCCAAUGAGAUGGAGUCUUGCAGUAGUGAUGAGAAACUAGACGAGAAGAAAGCUAAAGUGGAACCUGAAAGCACUCAUGAAGACAUGUGAUCUUGGUGUCUUUUAACUUAUUGUAGCCUUGUAUAUGUCCUCCUCUUUUAAGAUACAUGUGUUGUACAUUUGAUUUAUGCUCUAGGAAACCUUGUUUCUUUUGUUGAUAUGACUCAAUUUACGCAUUUUGACAAUAUCAGAAUGCUGUUUGAUGUCUCAAAGACUGAAAAUGAGGCCAGACUUUUUGUUUUUCAUGGUUUCUGGAAAAUGUUUAUUGAGAAUGUAGAGAUUGUAAAAAAAAUGUUUUUGUCCUGUUUAGUGUGUAUCAAGAAGACUAAGAACUGAAUUUGUACUUCCACUUAUUGUACAAGAUGUUUUCAGGGAAUUGCUGUCCUAAACGAUGUGUAUAAACAAUUGUUGAGUUGUAGUUGAUGUAGCAUAAAAAUGUUUCAUGUCUUGAGCAUUUCUGAGGAUAUAGUUAAAACAUUAUCCCCAAAAUAUUCAUGGUCACUAUUGAGAUUUGUUCACUAAGAACAGACUUUUUGAAAUUUAACUCUAAAUGAAUUACAAGGAACUGAUUGUUGUAAAACAUCAUCUCGAAACUCAUGGAAUGAGGCUUACAACGUUGUUGUCUCAUAAUCUCAUAUCUAAAUACAGAAACAGCUUAAUUUCGUUUUGGUGGCUUUGAUGGUUAUAUGUGGUUUUAGAGUGUCAGUAUACUUGCAAAAUGAGAUCAGUGGCAUGUUUUGUUUACUUCCUUCAUUAUGAAAUAGAUGACUCUGAAACCAUGACUUGCAAAAAUCUGGCCUGAACCAUAGUGAUAGGUACAGUUCUAUCCAGCUAAUGUUUGGCAUCUUCUGGCAUUUUUAAUAUGGUCACUGCAAUGUUCUGUUUCAAAAGCAAUAAUGUCAUAGUGAAACAUUUUGUCGUGUACAUAAUUAAAUUUGAAAUCUUCUGUCAUACACUUUAACUUUUGAGUAUUAAUAUGAGUAACAACUUGCCUACUAGAAGCAGGUGAGUGGCAUAGUUUGGAAUAAGUGAAAUUAAAGAAAAUAUGAAAAUGAGUAGGAAAAGUGAUUAUUACAAAAUAUAUAUUGGUGUUGCUUUUGUAUGCUGGAGGGCGGUGGGGUAGCCUAGUGGUGUAAGCGUCCACUCGUCACGCUGAAGACUCGGGUUCGAUUCCCCACAUGGGCACAAUGUGUGAAGCCCAUUUCUGGUGUCCCCUGCCGUGAUAAUAUUGCUAAAAGCGGUGUAAAACUAAACUUGCCCACUCACUUGUAUGCUGGACAUUUGUGGAUUGAAUUGUAAACAUUCAUGGUUUCAUCGUUUCUUCCCCUCCCCCCCCAUACUGAUUGAUUUCCACGAAGUUCUUAAUUAUGUCCUGUUUGGAUGUAUGUUGUGCAUAACUCAUUGUGAAUAAUCAUUGCUUGUGUUCAUGACCAUCCACUAUGAAUUGUAUUUGUUGUGAAAAUUUCAUUUCAUAACUGGCAUGAAAUGCCCUAGUCGGAUCAUCCACCUGAAGUGCAUCCCGGUGACGGAUGUUCAGUGAGUGCAUUGACAAAGUUCCUAGCUGUAGAGUAGACACGUGAUGACUGAUCAACCCCAUACUACCAUCAAAGAGCUGAUCUCGCAUUUGAAUCAACCACGUAUAAUACUUGUCCUGUCAAGAAAUUCCUCAAAAAAGCUUGUUAUUUUAAAGGGUCGUUGGACGCCCAAGUUCUGAAGCAGCCAAUCCCUUGCUUUUCUGUUUGAGUAGCUGCCACUGGCCUCCCUGUUCUAUCCAUGUAUCACACCAAUAAACCAUUCCUGAUGGGAAGCUAUGAGUAACGUGAGUUUUGUAGCUGCCAGCUUGAGCUAUUCAUGCUUGAAGCUUGCUUAGUGUUAUAGUGUGAAGAUCUGUAACAUUGACGGGUAUAAAUGGUUUCAUCAAGGUGCCAAUGACCCCUGUGAUGGAAUUUCAGUAAUACAAUGGAAGUUCAAAAGUGUUCAGGGGAUGUGCCCUGUUACACGAAGUGAUUAUAGGCCAACCACUAGCCUAAGUUUGUUGAAGUAUUUGAGUUACGACAAUCCUUACCCUCCCAUCAUUCUAUUUUUGAAUGGGCCCAGGACGUCAAAGCUGAGAUGGCGAAAUAAAUAGGUAUCUGGGAAGCACUGCAAUUUACUGGAGGCACUUUGUCCGAUGUUAGUUAGUGGUGUGCAGAGGAUCUAACUUAGUUCUUUAAUGACUUUAUCUAAUCAGCCAACACCUUACCACAGACGCUAUCACAAAGACCUUUUGCAUGUUUGUCAAGUGAUAGGUGCCACUGUUUACCCAGGUGUACACAGAGUCCUACGUAUUUCCCUCUAAUUACAGUGGAUUUAUUUGUUUUUAAAAAGGAGGAACUGGCUAGCUGGAACCUCAUCUGACAAUUCUUAGGAUUGUAAAAUGGUGCCUAAACCUUCUGAUUGUACAUAAGUGUUUCAUUUGAUAGAGGAAUUGUGAAAAGGUGCUUUAUCGCAAAGAUCUUUGAAUGGGGUUAAAGGCCAAGGAUCAGAUUUUCAAUGUUUCUGUCUCAAGUUGCAAUCCCUUCUUUUUAUCUCCUUCUUAUGACAUUUGAUUGCUAAACAAGUACUGUAUUCGUUUUCCGGGGUCUUAGCUAAUUCACAUCAAAAGGGCACUUAUUGGGAUACCUCUGGAAAGCGGGUAGGCUAUUUAGGAAGAGGUUUUGUAAAAUCACACAAUAAAGUAAAUCAGUAGGUAUCACCGUGCGUUGCAAACACCAACUUACAUCUGGGCUCUCCUCAGUGACCUUUAUUGAUUACUUCAGUAUACCAAUUUGAAAGUUAGAAGAUGUAAGUUAACAGUAUGUACACCUCAUAACAUGAACCUUUAUGAAUUGUUGGAUGGUGGAGCUCAACAUGCUACCGGUGUCUAAUAGUCCUUCAUUAGGGAGGGUGUGCUAAAUUUUUGAAUAUGGUAUGGUUGGAAGCUACGCAUGUCAGUUAUUCAAUUACAUGCCUAGUGAGGUGAACUAAUUGAGCUAAUUCUGAAUGUCUCAAUCCCGAGAUAAAGGAAGCACAUAAGAAUAGAGCCUCAGUCGGGAUCUGGAGUCUAUUAGCACAGUAAUCUGUGCCCAGUAAACUGCAGUCUGGAGGAUAUGUAGUUCAAGAAAUCAAAGGAACACUGAUUAUGACCUAUGUUAUUUACCUAUGAGAUUCAUACAUCCAGCAUUAUCAGAUUCUCACUAACCAAGGGAGCAUUCAGUUGUCAGGUUGAAGUUCUGUAUAACUUGAGUGACCUCUAAAGCCUACCACACAAUUGUUGAUUUCUUGUUAGAUGAUGACAACUGUAAGGUAGGCUUUUUAUGAGAACAUUCACUCUGCAAUAUUCAUAUCUGAAUAAAAUCUGAACCAGACAAUCCAGCAAUCUGUAUUGUUAAGAAGGCUCCAUUCUGUUAGGGUGUGAUGAUAUGUAAGUCAACAAACUUGACCACUCAAUCCGCUGUUCCUUUCUUUCAACCAGUUUACCUUUACCUCUGUCAUCUGAUAUCCCCACAACAUAACAUUUUCUGAGAAUUGCGUUGUCAUUUAGAGGGUCUAAAUUUAUAUAGAGCGGAGUAGGGAAUAUCUGUGUGGGCAACUUGGCCAAAAAAUAAAAAUGUCAUUUCUGUUUCAUGUGCAUUUUCAAACUUACCAAAAUUUUGAAAGUGUUAAAAAGAUUUUUUGGUCAGCCCAAAUUUUAGUAUUCCUUAUUAGUAUUUGUACCCACCUAUUGUCAUAAAUCUGUUGCUAAAUAAUCAAUCAAAACAUGUAUGGUUGCUUUCUUUGCGAUGUUUAUGCACACCUAAUUAACUUACGCUUAAUAUUAAACUGUUGAAAAUUGUUCUUAAUUUCAAAUUGAAAUAUUUUUUUACUGAAUGAUGUUAAUUUGUUACAGUGUGAUGACAAUUUUUAGCAUCUGACAAACCAGACCAGUUGGCAAGUAAAAAGACCAAUGUUGUCACAUUCAUACUGUUUCUACCAGAUACAUGCUUUUGAAUAGUUAGGAUAUCUGUAUUAAGAUUUCAUAUGUUACGAGUGUUGUUUUUCUGUCCUGAUACCUGUUUCCAAGCAUCAUGUUUUGAAGAUGACUUUAAAAAGCACUGAAAAGGUAUUCAAGAAGACAAUUCAAACAACUUUUGUAUGUGUUAUUGUUUGGGGAAAAAGCAUUGAUAAAUGUGUUUCCUCUAAUUGAACUGAUCAACAUAUUGUCAUGGUUGGAGAAUAACAUGACUUGUUUGUUUUGCUCUUUCUUAUAGUUGUGUAUGAAAAUCAUUACCAAUAUCUAGUCUGAUUCAUUAUCACUUCAGACUUGUCGUCUCCUAAUAUUUAGUAUUUUUUGUCAAUACAGCAUUGAUGUUCUCAGGUAAGAUCAUUGUUAAUUCAUGCAAGUAUGAUUAUUUUCUUUGGGUUUCUUUCUAAUAGAACACAAACUGGCAUUUGUUCCUUGACCAGUCUUUGUUAAUUGAUAUUUCACAUCUCAUGUCAACUUCCAAGUUUGACCACGUGUUUCUCAGCAAACUUUGUGGUAAGGAUGAGAGCAAUUUUACAGAAAUACUUGAAAUUAGUUCACUCGUACAUGUUUGUAAUUGAACACUAGCCACCGUUGCCUGAACAGCUCCUUUGCAAAGGGGCGGCUUCAUUGGCAGUGUUUGCUUGGCAAAUGAAUGGCACAAGUUCGAAUCUCUCUCCCGCCGUGAUGUUGCUGGAAUAUUGCUAAAAGCGGCGUAAAACCAAACUCAGUCAGUCAGUCAGUCGAAUCUCUCUCAAUAUGUCCUCUUCAAAAUGUCUGAAUUAACUUCAUCAGAAACCUUGCCUCUGAACCUCUACAAGAGCUAGCACUUCCUAUUUUUUAUCCUUAGCCCAUUUCCAUUAUUGGUCCCCUUGAACUGAAAAUAUUUUUGAAAAUGUUUAGGGGAAUCCUGUAUUCCAUACAAAACAAAGACCCAUGGAUUAGAUGCUGUUUUUACAUGGUUCACCUUUGGCCUGGAAAAAGCCUUUCAUACAACAGCUGUUUUUGAAAUGCAUUUGUAUUCAACAGCUGUCUUGAUUUGAUUUUGUAGGCAUUUAGAAAUUGCUGAAUUUCUCCUAUAAGGUUUUGUGGUCAUUUUUAUGACCUAUAUAUUCAGAAUUUAAGAUACUAGUUUUUGUACAGCACCUUUAUGCACUAAUUCUAAACAAAAUGUCUACCUUGAUGACUACAACCUUGAGCCUUGUUAACCCUUUAGCAGUUGAGCCUGUUGCGCCCAAUCUGUAUUUUUGUAUUGUAGGAUUACUGUUUACUAAUUUAAGGAUCAUAUCUGAUGGACUGUAAAAUGGCGCAAUGGAACUCUGGAGCAAACAAACCGUGUCUGGAGAGGAUAACAUAGUUCAGAUAUUUGGUGACGACAUCCUCUGAAUGUAACCAUAUCUAACAAAUGUACUUGCUUGCUGUUUAAUCACAUUUCAAUUGUGUAUAGUUGUGGUUGUUUAUAUUUCCAUUCUAGCAUCUAGUUAGUGCAUAGAUGGCUCCCGAUACGCUGUUAAUAUUGUUCAUUACCAUAUGUCAGUAUUUAUGGCUGUACAUACAAGUUUGCGUAACCAUGGUAACAUUGUUUGGAUUCAUAAAACCAAGAUUUUGUUGUCGUUGUUGUAGAUUCAGUAGUGAGCCUUUGUAUAUGUGUCCAAAUUCCAGAGAGCAGCAUUUUAUUACAGUUGUUAAAUUAAGAUACAUUUUGCAAUGCAUGUGUUAAACAGUGUUCUGAGAUUCAUGAUUGGACUCAAAAAGAUCUGUACAGACGCUAUGCUUCAACAAGACGCUGCUGUACAAUAAACUGACUCAUUCAUAUGAA